AUGGAACAGAAUCUUGCCAUACACUACCACACUCAGCAACAAGAGCGGCCAUGUUUGUUAGGAUCAAUACUCUUCUCCAAGGCUACUCUGGAAUCCUGUUCGAAAUCUUGGAAGCCAUCACAAAAUUUCUUAAUGACAAUAUCACUCCAUGCUUACCAUUACGUGGUACGAUCACUGCAUCCAGUGAUCUUGUUCCAUUAUCCUACAUUGAGAACUGAUCGGCCCAAUUCGAAGGCUGGGGGACCUGUCGGAGAGACGCUAAAUGCUGAGGAAGCCUUCGAGUUUAUUAGUGUCAUUGGAGGAUUUUUCGAGUUGCAACCUAAAGAAGGAACAAGGCAUUUCAUGGUGGCAACUUCCAGGGAACACCAAUUGGAGUUUCCAUGGAGAAUGCUAGAUUAA